CGACCGACCUCGCUCGGGCGCGGAGCGGAGACAAAAUGGCUUGUGGUUCCCAUACAAUAAAACCUCGCCCUCUGACUCCGGGUGUCCGACAUUUUGUGACUCGCAUCUUUCGCUCUGUCACAGAUUUAGGAAGCGACUGUCCAACCGAGCCCCCUGCCCAUGUGUAAACAACUGGCUUUUGGGGUCCCCGUGAUUGCCCUUUAUGGCGGUGGGUGGGGGCGCGGGAGUGGGCAGGGCAGGUGAUGGCAGGGGCGAGGCAGGGCGGGGCGUUGCGCUGCUUCCAGACGCAACCUCCGUCCCAAUAAUAGAUUGUUAUUAACAAUGAUCCUCUCUGCAAAACCCUCAAAAUUGCCCCUCGACUUCCCUGGCAGCAAGAGGAGAGCCCCAAUUCGCUGAGCUGACGCCUCUCCCCACCCCCACCGCUCUCUGCUCUGGAAAUUACAACUCCUCUGCGCGCCGCGCGGGGAGGAAGCCGCCGAGGCGAGAGGGAGGCGAGGAGGGGAUCCCCGGGCCGGCCGGGCGCUCGUCCUCCGCCCGCCGGCUGCGGAGCCGCGCGGCCAAGGUCAGAGGCGCCGCUGGAGCAGCAGCGGGGGACCGGAGAAGCGGCUCUUUCCCGGGAGAAAGCGCAAGGCGAAUUUGGCUCGCACCAGCAGCUGCCUGGAAGGGAGGUGAACGAAGGUCUCCCGGCCGGCGAGGCCCCGCGGAGAGAGUCGCCCGCUCAGCGACCCACCCGGCAGGCGGGCGGCCCCCCAGUCCUCUCGCCUGCAGCCGGGGCGCCACCUCGGGCUCCCGGGCGCUGUCCGCCCGUGCGUGGUGCUGAUCGCAGCCCUACUGCCAAGAGGCCUGCUCACCCGCCUACUCACCUACACAGCGCCCCGACUGGGGGCGGGGCGGGGGCACAAGGAGGUCCCUGGGCAGCUGCUCAUUGGAGCCGAGGGCUUGGAGCUGGAAAGCCAGCGAACGGCAGCCGGGCCGCUGCUCCUGAUGCGGAGAGGGCGCGCGCGCCGCAGCCGCCGCGGGCGCCAGUGCUGAUUCAUCACCUGGAGUGCCUCCGGGCCACCGCUGGGGCGGCCGACCGGCCCCGGACUCUGGCCGCGGGGUGAGGCCGCUGGUGCAGGGGCCUCGCUGGGUAGAGGUGAGCACCCCCUCCCUUCUCUCGCUCCCCGCCGUCUUAGGGCGGUGGCCCCAGAACAGAGAGAGGGGCGUGCCCCCGAGCUGUGCAGCAGUCCUGCCUGUGGGAUGCUCCCGCCUGAGUGCCGCCGGAGCUAGCCAGGCUGGUUCCCCUCCGCCCAUCUCCGGAGCUUGGGCCGUUCCGCCCCCGGGACCUGAGCAGCUCGGCCUGCCCGCGCCGCGAUGGAGGAGGAGCUGAAGUGCCCCGUGUGCGGCUCGCUGUUUCGGGAGCCCAUCAUCUUGCCCUGUUCGCACAACGUCUGCCUGCCUUGCGCUCGUACCAUCGCGGUGCAGACGCCGGACGGCGAGCAGCACCUGCCCCAGCCGCUCCUGCACUCGCGGGGCCCGGGGCUGCCCGCGGCCGCCGCCGCCGCCGCCGCCGCGCCCCCUCUGGACCACGAGGCCGCGGCUGGCCCGGCCUGCAGCGGCGGGGGCGGCAGCGCAGCCAGCGGCCUGGGCGGCGGGGCGGCGGGUGGCGGGGACCACGCGGACAAGCUGAGCCUGUACAGUGAGACGGACAGCGGUUAUGGCUCCUACACGCCCAGCCUCAAGUCCCCCAACGGGGUUCGCGUGCUGCCCAUGGUGCCCGCGCCGCCGGGCUCCUCUGCCGCCGCGGCCCGGGGUGCCGCCUGCUCCUCGCUGUCCUCGUCCUCCAGCUCCAUCACAUGCCCGCAGUGCCACCGCAGCGCCUCCCUGGACCACCGCGGCCUCCGCGGCUUCCAGCGCAACCGGCUCCUGGAGGCCAUCGUGCAUCGGUACCAGCAGGGCCGCGGGGCGGUUCCGGGGGCGCCCGCGGCCCCGGCCGUGGCCAUCUGCCAGCUGUGCGACCGCACCCCGCCGGAGCCGGCCGCCACGCUCUGCGAGCAGUGCGACGUGCUCUACUGCGCUGCCUGCCAGCUCAAGUGCCAUCCGUCCCGGGGACCCUUCGCUAAGCAUCGCCUGGUGCAGCCGCCGCCGCCGCCGCCGGCGCCCGCCGAGGCCGCCUCUGCGUCCCCGGGCACGGCCCAGGGCGCCCCCAGCGGAGGCGGCGGCUGCAAGAGUCCCGGGGGCGCGGGCGCCGGAGCGACGGGGGGCAGCGCGGCCCGCAAGUCCCCCACGUGCCCCGAGCACGACAUGGAGCAUUACAGCAUGUACUGCGUGAGCUGCCGAACCCCGGUGUGCUACCUGUGCCUGGAGGAGGGCCGGCACAGCCAGCACGAGGCGAAGCCGCUGGGGGCCGUGUGGAAGCAGCACAAGGCCCAACUGUCUCAGGCCUUAAAUGGAGUUUCCGACAAGGCAAAAGAAGCGAAGGAGUUUCUGGUCCAGCUGAAGAACAUUCUGCAGCAGAUCCAGGAAAACGGACUGGACUACGAAGCCUGCCUGGUCGCUCAGUGUGACGCGCUGGUGGACGCUCUAACGCGGCAGAAGGCCAAGCUGCUCACCAAGGUCACGAAAGAGAGGGAGCACAAGCUGAAGAUGGUUUGGGACCAGAUCAACCACUGCACGCUGAAGCUGCGCCAGUCCACCGGGCUGAUGGAGUACUGCCUGGAGGUGAUCAAGGAGAACGACCCCGCCGGGUUCCUGCAGAUCUCGGACGCCCUGAUCAAGCGUGUCCAGGUGUCUCAGGAGCAGUGGGUCAAGGGCGCCCUGGAGCCGAAGGUGUCCGCGGAGUUUGACCUGACCUUGGACAGUGAGCCGCUGCUGCAGGCCAUCCACCAGCUGGACUUCAUUCAGAUGAAAUGUAGGGUGCCGCCCGUCCCCCUGCUGCAGCUGGAGAAGUGCUGCACCCGCAACAACAGCGUCACGCUGGCCUGGAGGAUGCCGCCCUUCACCCACAGCCCCGUGGACGGCUACAUCCUGGAGCUGGACGACGGGGACGGGGGGCAGUUCCGGGAGGUGUAUGUCGGCAAGGAGACCCUGUGCACCAUCGACGGUCUCCAUUUCAACAGCACCUACAACGCCAGGGUCAAGGCCUUCAACUCCUCCGGCGUCGGGCCUUAUAGUAAAACUGUCGUCUUGCAGACAUCCGACGUGGCCUGGUUCACCUUUGACCCCAACUCUGGGCACCGGGACAUCAUUUUAUCCAAUGACAACCAGACAGCCACCUGCAGCAGCUACGACGACCGGGUGGUGCUGGGCACCGCGGCCUUCUCCAAGGGCGUGCACUACUGGGAGCUGCACGUGGACCGGUACGACAACCACCCGGACCCCGCCUUCGGGGUGGCUAGGGCCAGCGUGGUCAAGGACAUGAUGCUGGGCAAGGACGACAAGGCCUGGGCCAUGUACGUGGACAACAACCGCAGCUGGUUCAUGCACUGCAACUCCCACACCAACAGGACGGAAGGUGGCGUGUGCAAGGGGGCCACUGUGGGCGUGCUGCUGGACCUGAAUAAGCACACGCUGACCUUCUUCAUCAACGGGCAGCAGCAGGGCCCCACGGCCUUCAGCCACGUGGACGGGGUCUUCAUGCCAGCCCUCAGCCUCAACCGCAACGUGCAGGUCACCCUGCACACAGGACUGGAAGUGCCAACCAACCUGGGGCGGCCAAAGCUGUCGGGCAACUAGCCCCCAGCUCCAGCCCUGCACGGGCCUCGGGGAGGAGCCCGCCACCCCUCGCUAAAUCUCAAUUCGACAACCACCCGGGCAGAGGACCACGUCACCGUGUGACCCAGAAGUCACUGAGACACGUUUUCUUUGGGGGGACAGAGGACGGGUCUGCAGGCCAGGCCUGCGGAGGUCACUGUCAGGGGAGAACACGGGCGAGAGUGUCCGUUCCCUUGGUCCCGCCCGGACUUUCCAAAUACUCACCAAGAAGGACCUUUCUCAAGGGGGAGAGAGAGUAUGUGGGGGGUUGUGGUUUUGGUUUCUGCCAUCUGUUUUCGGGGCUGGUCUUUUCGGGGGGAGUGCGAGUGUCUAGCAGGGGGCGCCCCAUCCUGAGAGCAGACGGCAGGAGACCCUCUGGAACCCCACGUGCUGAGGGUCCGGCCUUUGCUGGGUGUCACCCCUUCAGAGUGCCAGCGUUCUCAUCUCUGCCGGGAAGAGUUCUCUAGCUUCCUGGUCCUGGGGACGUCAGUGUGUUCUACCACUUACUGCCCCAACCCAGGGUCGAUGCAAAGGGGCACUAAUCAUUCAAUUGGUCUUUGCCUCUCUCGUGUCCUUAGGUCCUUCAUGCAUCAAUCAAUCAAUCAAUCAAUCAGUCUCUCUCUCUCACACACACACAUACAAUAGUCUACUAAAAUUAAUUCACUCAGUUCUCAGUUCUUAAAUGCAGAAGAAAACACUGAAAUUUGAAUUUCAAUGACUAUGCGACAAGUCUCCACUGGGA